UCGACGAUGACCACUCCAUCCAUCGCGUUCACAAGAUCGCCCACCGCAGGCGCGAAUACACAAUCAGUUCAUGUAGCCACGCCGAGUGACGGAACCACACUCCUUCAUGCUGUUCGAUAUGCACCGCGCCUACCUUGGCCUGACAUCGGCAGGUACGCCAAAUGGUCCGUUUCCUCCUUCAAGUAUGGCUUCGGCGCGGAGUGUUUGAUAGACAAUGAUCCCGACACAUUCUGGCACUCGGAUGGACCUCAACCGCACUUCAUAACAGUCGAGUUUCCGAGGAAGAUGGCCAUCCAAAAACUGAGCAUUUAUCUGAGCUUUCCACUGGAUGAUUCAUAUACUCCGUCAACCCUGGCGAUUCGCGCAGGGACAGGGCCGAGCGACUUGCAAGACGUCCGUGUACUCACGCUCGACAAACCGGACGGAUGGAUCACGUUCGAUAUAUCUUCCGAGGCAAGUGAAGAAGGUGAAGGCUUCAAGCCCGUGCACGCAUACGUUCUGCAGAUUAUCAUAGUGACGAACCACAUGAAUGGCAAAGACACCCAUGUCCGGGGGUUGCGGGUUUUAGGCCCUCUUGAAGAAAUGAUACGACAGCCGCAGAAUCUACCUCUCGAUCAGGACCCUUUUCCAUGGUCUUCUGCGAAGUUCAAGAUGUAUCAAACUAUCCGUUGAUUAUCCGCAUCGGCUGCAUUGUACAAAUACAGCAAUCCUCCUUCCCAUUACGACGUACAGCUCUAAUACUGGUAGGAUACAUAUGUCAACUUUAUUUGUGGAUAGCUAUGCAAAGCACCAU